CCUGUAAUCAGAGAAUCAGAGGUUAGCCCAUAAUUCUAUUUUAAGUUUGCACCAACUUUAACAAUACAUAUUUCAAUUAAUUAUGUAAAUAACUACACUAAAACAACGCAAAAGGCAAACGAAAUCAGCUGGCGAAUAUGUCGCAGAUAAUGAUGAUCAUUGCUGCGGCCCAUUUGGUGUUUUGUCCAUUCACCAAAGUGGAGGAGAGCUUCAACCUGCAGGCAAUACAUGACAUCAUCUACCAUCGAUUCAAUCUGAAUGAGUAUGAUCAUCAUGAAUUCCCUGGUGUGGUUCCAAGAACAUUCCUGGGACCUUUGUUUAUCUCAAUUGUUGUCUCACCAAUAUGCAUGGUGUUACAGUAUCUUGACUUGAGUAAAUUUUGGACACAAUACUUAGUAAGAGCUGCACUUGGAUGCUGUGUGAUAUAUGCUUUCAACAAGCUGUGUAAGAGUUUAGAGAAGAUUUUUGGCCCCAGAUGGGUGCAGUGGUUCAUUGCCAUUACUGUGACACAAAGCCACUUUAUGUUUUACCUUACUAGACCUUUGCCAAAUAUAUUUGCCUUGCCAUUAGUACUGAUAGCUUUAAGUGGAUGGCUUGAUAAUGACAAUAAGCGCUUUAUAAUCGCCUCCGGCGCAGCAAUCAUAGUGUUCCGCGCUGAACUGGUUCUCUUUUUGGGGCUGUUACUACUCUAUGACUUAGUUUACAAGAGAAUAACGUUCAAAGAAUUGCUGCGCAUUGGCGUGCCCGCAGGUAUCGGUGUAUUGUGCGGAUCGGUUGUGAUUGAUUCUAUUUUUUGGAAUAGACCACUUUGGCCGGAAGGCGAAGUCUUAUGGUAUAAUACCAUACUUAAUAGAAGUUCAGACUAUGGAGCUUCACCAUUUUUGUGGUACUUUUACUCGGCCAUACCACGAGCGAUGGCGACAUCAGUGUUCCUAUUACCUCUAGGGAUGAUACUUGACUCCAGGGUACGAAAAUUGUGCGUGCCUGCGUUACUAUUCGUACUUUUGUACUCGUUUUUACCACAUAAGGAACUGCGAUUUAUUAUCUACGUGUUCCCGUUUUUAAACGCGCCCGUCGCUGUAUUUUGCCAACGCAUCUGGGAUAAUCGAGAAAAGUCCAAAAUUUAUCACCUUUUGUCCCUGGGUGUUCUUGGUCACUUGGCUGUGAACGCGAUUUUCACAAUUUUUCUGCUGAGCAUCUCCAGUACGAAUUAUCCCGGCGGAGCGGCCAUUUCACAUCUGCAUCGUUUAGCCGCAAACGAAAACUACGUACACUUACAUAUUGAUAAUUUGGCUGCGCAGACUGGCGUCUCAAGGUUUACACAAAUCAACUCAGAAUGGCGAUAUGAUAAGACUGAGCAUCUGGAAGCUAGUGAUCCAGCUUUAUUUAAAUACACACACUUAAUAACUGAAGCCAAGAGCAAAUUUUCACCGAAUUUGAAGCCGUUUGCGAAUACACACGAUAUUAUUGAUACAAUUGAGUCAUUUCAUCAGAUCACCUUCAAUUACUUUUCUAUACCUCCUAUUAAGAUUAAAACAAAACCAGCAUUGUAUAUAUUACAGCGGAAAGAGGACUAUUUAGAUUAUUUAGAUGAAGAUUUAAAGCAGCAAGUGCUUCAACAACAAACUGAACCAAAGGCAAAAACAAUCACCAAAUCUCCAGAAGUUGAUGUAGAAGAAGAAGAAGAGGAAAUUGAUGACGAUGAUAAUAUUCAGGAAUCUAUUGAAGAACAACAAGCUCUUGUUGAAGAAGAAGACGAGGAAAGUCAGGAAAAAUAUGAACAUGAGACUUUUGAAAGUUUAGAAGGACUUGCAGUGAGUGCUGAAGAGGAAGUCUCUGCUUCACCACUGGUUGAAGAAGUGGAAGAAGUUAUUGUUCCACAGAGUCCUGAACUGGAUCUCGUAGAUUUGUUAGAUGAAACUCUGGAAGAUAUUGAAGAAGAUGUUUCAGAAGUUGAAGAUGAGGAAUCGCCGGAAAUUAUCAUUGAGAACGAACUUACUGAAGAAAUUGAAGUUGAUGAAGAACCCAGUGAAGAAAUUAAGGUAGAGCCAACUUUACCUAACAUUUCUGAUGAAAUUAAAGUGAAACCUUCUGGAAAGAACAAAAAAGUUAAGGAUGCACCUGAAAAUAUAAGUACAAAGUACAAAAAAGAAAAAUCUUUAGAGAAAUUUAUUCGGACAAAAGAAAUUCCAGUAGAAGAAUCGACAAAACGGCUCAGACAAAAAAGAACUGAAGAAAACCUGAAACAGGAAGAUAAAAUUGUGAGGAAAAGGAAAGAUAAAGUUGAUGUUGAUGAUUCAGAGGAGAUAAAAGUUGAGAAAAAGUCCCGUGCGGAAAAGGUUGAAAAUAAAUCCACUCUUGAUGAGCCGCCUAAAAAAUUACGUAAAAUUCGUAAGUUAGAAGACGAAGUGAAGGCAAAGCUUCAAACACAAACUCAAACCCAAGCUCAAGUACAAAAAGAAGAAAAACCAAAAGAAAAAGUAAGUGCCAAACAAUCCGUGCGGACGAUUGUCACCGGUCACAUACGAGAAAAGAUUCAAUCCCGCACACCAGUCAAAGACAAACUUAGAAACGUCUUGGACAAAUUCAAAAACAAGACAGUUGAGAAAGCUAAAAAGAAGACAACCAAAGGAACCAAGCAAUCCAUUAAAGCCAUUAUCGACCACGAACGCGAAAACGAACAGAAAGAAGAACUCAAACUAUUGCAGAAGCAAAUAUUUGAGAUCAUCGACAGUAAUCCUACAAUUCUAAAUAAAGAAUUCAUUAAAAAUAAGAUACACGAUGUUAUUGUAAAAGAAGUUCAAACAAUCGAGGAGGUUGAACCACCUGUUAUAGCACAAGAAAAACCAGAAAAAAGCAAGCAAGGAAAAACCACAUCUUCCAGAACUAGACAGGAUGUAAAACAAAAAAGUAUGGAAAGACAAAAGGUAAAAUCAUUGGAACAAGUUGAAGAAGACAAGUCUGAAUAUUCGACGGUAGAUUCCGAGGAGCAUAUUGUUAUCUUGGAUGAGGAUGAUUUCCCUGAAAAGUUAGAGGAUCAUCUUGGAGAGUUGAAUGUUGAUGAAGAGUUUCAUGAGUAUGAUACGGCAAACCAACAGAUGGACAAUAUCAUGGGUUUAAUUAGUGAUAUUAUCAAUAAAGUGGAGGAGACUUCCGCUGAUAUGGAAGAUUCUGAAGACGAGGAGAGUAUACAUUAAUUGUUAUUGAUGAUUGUUUGUUAUUUAUGAUUGUUUUAAUGCUAUUAAAGAUGAUGAAAGUACAA